AGCCGCAGUGGCGGCGGCGGGGACCGGGAGCCGGGGGCCGGGCUGAAUCGGCAGUCCGAGUGGGAACGUGUCGCAGAGGCGAGGGAGGCAGAGGCGGCGGGUUCCGGGUGGCUGCGGCGGCAGGAGGAGCCGGAGCCGCCUGGGAUGUUCAGUCAUGAAACGAGUACGCACAGAACAGAUUCAGAUGGCAGUGUCCUGCUACCUCAAACGACGCCAAUAUGUAGAUUCAGAAGGCCCCCUAAAACAAGGAUUGCGGCUGUCUCAGACUCCUGAAGAGAUGGCAGCUAAUCUCACAGUCCAAUCAGAGUCUGGUUGUGCCAACAUAGUGUCUGCAGCCCCCUGCCAGGCUGAGCCUCAGCAAUAUGAAGUACAGUUUGGAAGAUUACGGAAUUUUCUCACUGAUUCUGAUUCCCAGCACAGCCAUGAAGUGAUGCCUCUUCUAUAUCCUCUCUUUGUCUACCUCCAUCUUAACAUGGUCCAGAAUGGCCUGAAGAGCACAGUGGACAGUUUUUACAGUCGCUUCCAUGGAAUGUUUUUGCAGAACGCCAGCCAGAAGGAUGUCAUUGAGCAGCUACAGACUACUCUGACCAUUCAAGACAUCCUGUCCAACUUCAAGCUCCGGGCAUUCCUGGAUAACAAGUAUGUGGUCCGCCUCCAAGAGGACAGCUACAAUUACCUUAUCCGCUACCUCCAAAGUGACAACAACAGUGCCCUGUGCAAAGUUCUCACCUUACAUAUUCAUCUUGAUGUGCAGCCUGCCAAGAGAACAGACUACCAGCUAUAUGCCAGCGGCAGCUCCUCACGAAAUGAGAGCAAUGGCCUGGAGCCGGCAGAGAUGCCCACAUCUAUUUUGCAGAAUGAGGCUGCUCUGGAUGUCCUGCAGGAGAGCAUUAAGCGAGUCAAGGAUGGCCCCCCUUCACUCACCACGAUUUGUUUCUAUGCCUUCUAUAACACCGAGCAGUUGCUGAAUACUGCAGAAAUCUCCCCAGACAACAAGCUGCUGGCUGCCGGGUUUGAUAAUUCCUGUGUAAAACUUUGGAGCUUGAGAUCCAAGAAGUUAAAAUCAGAGCCCCAUCAGGUGGACGUGUCCCGCAUCCGCCUGGCUUGUGAUGUUCUGGAGGAAGAGGAAGAUGAUGAUGACAACGUGGGCACAGAAAUGAAGAUCUUGAGAGGGCACUGUGGGCCUGUGUACAGUACGAGGUUCCUAUCAGACAGCUCAGGGUUGCUAUCUUGCUCCGAAGAUAUGUCUAUUAGAUACUGGGACCUUGGAAGUUUUACCAAUACUGUAUUGUACCAAGGACAUGCCUACCCUGUCUGGGAUCUGGAUAUCAGUCCAUGCAGCCUGUACUUCGCAAGUGGUUCCCAUGACCGCACUGCAAGACUCUGGUCAUUUGAUCGGACGUACCCAUUGCGAAUAUAUGCAGGACAUCUAGCAGAUGUGGACUGUGUAAAAUUCCACCCCAAUUCAAACUACUUAGCUACAGGCUCAACUGAUAAGACUGUUCGUCUAUGGAGUACUCAACAAGGAAAUUCUGUGAGGCUCUUCACAGGUCACCGAGGCCCUGUGCUUUCACUUGCAUUUUCUCCAAAUGGUAAGUACUUGGCAUCUGCCGGUGAGGACCAGCGGUUGAAGCUGUGGGACUUGGCAUCUGGUACCCUCUACAAAGAAUUGAGAGGCCACACGGACAAUAUCACCAGCCUUACUUUCAGCCCAGAUAGUAGCUUGAUUGCCUCUGCAUCCAUGGAUAACUCUGUUCGGGUUUGGGAUAUUCGGAACACUUAUUGCAAUGCUCCUGCAGAUGGUUCUUCCAGUGAACUUGUUGGUGUAUAUACUGGGCAGAUGAGUAAUGUACUGAGUGUUCAGUUUAUGGCCUGUAACCUUCUUCUAGUGACUGGAAUUACACAAGAAAAUCAGGAACAUUAAUUUUUUUUUCUUUUUAAUGAAUUGGGAUAGUGGUGGAAGGCUUUGCAAUUACAAGAGUCUUACUACAAACUGAGAUUAAAUCACUGACUGUGAAAGAGACUUCCUCCCCUUCUCUUUUUCCUUUCUCCUAUUGGCAGACAGGUCUUUGGUAUUGCAAAUACCAUGUUGUUGUUCUGCCCAAAAAUGUCCUAAAACACUGAGGUUGGAGAAGGAGAGGCUGAAGAAAGAUGGUGUGUAGGCUUAAGGUGUGGAGGAGUUAAGGUAUUUCUGAGGUCAGAUGGAAUUUCUUAGAGAUCUUGUUGUGACCUUGAACAAGUACCUUAAUUUCUGUCUCACUUUUCCCAUUCAUAAAAUUGGGAUAAUAAUAAUACUCCCUCACCUCAGGGUGUAGGGAUUUUUGAUUGGAUGAUAUUUGCAAAGCACUUUGAAGAUAAGCAGUGCUAAAAGUGUUAAGUAUUAUCAUUCACUUUGGUUGAAGGGAAAUCCUUUUGGCUUAGGAAUGCAAGGGUGGGAGUUGGGGUUGGGGGGAAGGAUGGGUAAU